UUGGCUGCGUCAGUGGGCGGGCCAGAGCGGAAAGGAGUGGGCGUGCCAACGGCCCGAGUAGCUGUGAAAAGCUCAAUGGCGGCCAGCUACCCGUAUGGGCAGGGUUACCCUGGUUCUGCAGGACAAGCUCCGGGUGCUCCACAAGGCAACUAUCCCGGAGGAGGCCAGUAUGGAGGUGGGGUCCCUCCUGGCAGCUCCUAUGGUGGACCAGCGCCUGGUGGUCCCUAUGGGCCACCCUCAAGCGGAGGACCUUAUGGCCACCCUUCCUCUGGGCCUCCUGGUGGAAUGUAUGGAGGAGGCCCAGCACCAGGAGGACCUUAUGGGCAACCGUCUACCAAUCCAUAUGGUGCUCCUCAGCCUGGCCCCUAUGGGGCAGUAGGUCCUGGAGCAGGGAACAUCCCCCCAGGUGUGGACCCAGAAGCCUUCUCUUGGUUCCAGAGUGUGGAUGCUGACCACAGCGGCUACAUCUCAGUCAAAGAACUCAGGCAAGCCCUUGUCAACUCCAACUGGUCCGCCUUCAAUGAGGAAACGUGCUCAAUGAUGAUGAACAUGUUUGAUAAAACCAAAUCUGGGCGAAUUGAUCUCUAUGGGUUCUCGGCCCUGUGGCGUUUCAUCCAGCAGUGGCGGAAUCUCUUCCAGCAGUACGACCGCGACCAGUCAGGAAGCAUUAAUUGUAACGAGCUUCACCAAGCGCUCUCCCAAAUGGGCUACAGCCUGAGCCCCCAGUUUUCCCAGCUGCUGCUCUCCCGUUACUCACCGAAAACUGCCAAUCCUGGUAUCCAGCUGGACCGCUUCAUCCAAAUCUGCACCUUGCUCCAGUCCCUGACCGAAGCCUUCCGGGAAAAGGAUACUGGCAUGACGGGCAAUGUACGACUCAACUACGAAGACUUCCUUACGAUGUCGACCGCUUGCGUGUUGUGAGAGCCAGGGCUAUUGAUUUUGUUGGUGAUCCCACUGGUGGCUGGUGGCAUUUCCUUCCACAGAAGGAAGGACCAUUUUGUCCAGAGGACAUUGUGUUGCAAAGGAAAAUGAAAUUGUCCUUCUCCAUCACACCUGUGUAAUGCCAGAUGCUUAAGCUAGGUGGAUUCUUGGAAAGGGUUCGGUUUGAUUACAUUGAAACAGCUGCCUCUUAUAGCCACUAGAGGGUGAGCCACAAACACCAAGUCAGACUGUCUGUCCCAGGCAGCUCUGCAGCAGCCCCCACUACCCUCUGCCUGAGUUCUCUCCUCUUCCCCCACUCAACCAUCCUGCCAAAAUGUUAGAGGGUUGCCAAGAAGUUUGAAUAGAGCUUCUUGCUCCUAAAUUGCCCCUCUGUAGUUUGCAUGUGCAACCUGUAAUCGCCAAAGCA